AUGACUGGAGUUUUAUUGAAUAGAACUGUGUAUGUGUGUGUGUUUUGACUGCCUGUACUUCCUCGCAGUUCGGCUGCAGUCUAGCUAGUGUUGAAAGCCGGCCAGGGUUGAACCGACAGAGAUACAGCAAAGAAGUCAAUAUACUGCAUUCAAACUAGAUUUCAAGUGCAUCAGACAAGCCAGCUCUCAAUCAAUAGAGGUUGUGUUGACAAUCCAAUUACCUCUCAGUUUUUAACGAAGACACAGCAGAACACUUGCCCAUAAACCAUGGAUAUGGAUGAGUUUGAACGUCGCAGGGAGGAACGCAGAAAAAAGCGUGAGGAAAUGCGCCGUGAGGUGGAAAGAAUGACCAGUCAGAGGACAGAUGAUGAUGAAGAAGAACUUGCUAAAGAACGACGUCGUAAAGCUCGUCAGGAGCGACUGCGGGAAUCAGCACUCAGCCAGGACACUCUGGAAUUCAAUUCCCAGAACAGUGCAAUGGAUGAAGAAACCAAAGUUUCGAGAACUCAAACUCUGAUGGAUGAAGAUAAUGAUAUUGCAGAGCGGCUGCAGAAACGAGAGGAACGACGCCAGAAACGUCUUCAAGAAGCCAUGGAGCGUCAGCGGGAAUUUGAUCUCCCAGCGAAAGAGGAAAGCCAAGACAUUUCAAAGGAAAUCCGAAGAAAUGAGAGGGAGGUGGAGGAGAACAAUCAGUGGAACAAAUGGCGGCAAGAGCCAGAACCGGAGCCUGAACCAGAAAUGGAACCGGAACCUGAACCUGAACCUGAACCAGAACCUGAGCCAGAAAUAGAACCGGAACCAGAACCGGAACCUGAGCCAGAAAUAGAACUGGAACCGGAACCGGAACCAGAACCAGAAGAGGUGAUGAUAGUGAAACAGGAGAUUGAAAAGCCAUACCAAAUUGAAAAGAAAAGUGAGAUAUGGAAGGAAGAAAUUGUUGAGACGAAAAUAUCCAAAUCGGGCCCAGAGAACGGGGAGGCUCUUCAUGAGGAGAUCACACAGAAACAUACAAAAAUGGAAAGAGCAAUAAGCCGCUCCGAGUCCAAGCUGAGCCAAGAAGCAGAAGAAGCAGCAGCCAAGCUGGAGGCAGAGAGGAAGCUGGAAGAGUUGAAACGUCGUCAGGAUGUGAAGGAGAGCGAAGAGUUUGAAAAGAUGAAGCAGAAGCAGCAGGAGGCUGUGGUGGAGCUGGAGGAGCUGAAGAAGAAACGAGAAGGGCGCAGGAAGGUACGAGAAGAGGAAGAGCAAAAGCGACAGCAGGAUGAGGCCGAGAGAAAAGCAAGGGAAGAGGAGGAGAAGAGAAAACUGAAGGAAGAUAUCGAGAGACGAAGGGCAGAGGCAGCAGAGAAACGGCAAAAACCGGAGGAUAUUGAAACAUCCAACGAUAAGGAACCAUUUAAGUGUGUGAGCCCCCGUGGUUCCUCCCUAAAAAUUGGAGAAAGGGCAGACUUCUUGAAUCGAUCAGCAAAGAAGAGCUCUACCACCAAAACAUCACGUCCUGUACUGGGUGUCUCCAAGAUUGACAGUAAAUUGGAGCAGUAUACAAGUGCAAUUGAGGGUGCCAAAGCUGCAAAAGGAGGCAAGACAUUAGCUUCUGAUCUCCCACUGACAGCUGAAGGAGUGCGGAACAUAAAGAGUAUGUGGGAAACUGGUGAUGUCUACAGCUCUGCUUCCCCACCUAAUAAGGGCACACCGAACAAGGAGGUAGCGGGUCUGAAAGUUGGCGUUGCCGGUCGUAUCAACCAGUGGCUCACCAAAACUCCUGAAACAAACAAAUCACCUGCAGCUAAGCCCUCAGAUGUGAAGCCGGGAGACGUAUCAAGCAAACGGAACUUGUGGGAGAAUAAGACUGAUUCUUCCAAUGGAAAAGCAGCCACCCCAUCUAAGAUUACAUCUGGAAGUAAGUACAAGUCAGGCUCAGCUGGGGAUCACUACAGUUACACUAAUGGGAUGGCACAUUAUGAAAAUGAACCCUAAAGAAAUCAGCACAGAAUUCUGUCCAAAUGGUUCUGAGAUGCCUAGAUGAGCUUUUUUAAAAUAUUUAUAUAUUAUUUUAUUAAGGAAUUGGUUCACAUUAUCCCAGUCAAAGCCAUGUGUAUUAGCACUGUAUUACAAAUCCACACAUUAGCAAUUGAUCUUCACAGGUAUAACACCUUUGUACAGAUCAUUGAAACCCUUAUUUUGAAAGAGAAAUGUGCUGUUAAUUUGAAAAUUUAGAGUAUUGAUACAACAUCUACUUUAGAAUAAAAUUAAAUCUAGAAAAUUGAACAUUCUGAUCAUGAAUUCAUUGAUAAGUUAAAUGAGUAAAACCAAUGAGAUUUUGAAUUAGACUUUCUACUCACUUUAAAAUGUUCUGCCUGAUGUCACGUUUUUUACAUUUUUGUUAAAUAUGUUUAAAUGGGUUUAAGAUUUGAUUUGUAAUAUUGGUACUGAUUAUUGAUUGUUUCAUUUUGUUCCGAAUGGAGAAAAUGGAGCAAUAGUGGUUUAUCACAAAUAACAUUCACAUCUUCUAGCUUUGUAGUUUAAUUAAAGAUAGAAUGCUUUUAAUUAGCUUGAAAUGCUGGAUCAUUUAUUCAGUAAUAAACCAGAUAGCAGCCUACAGCACAGUUUUUUUUAAGAAAAAUUCACACUUCUCACAAAAGUUAUUUCCAACAUAACUGGCCUUAGAUGUUCAAAGUGAGUACUCAAGAGACAAAAAAAACUGAAUCUGCCUCAAAAUUAUAUUAAGAAAAACUCAAUAUAUUUUAACAAGUGAGUGAAUGAGUGUAUGUGUUGAUGUGUGUGUCUGCGAUGAAAUAGGACAAUGAAUAGAUGUGGUAUUAGGAGAUUUAAAAGGGGUUAUGAGUUCUCUGAAACACUGAACUUCCACUAUGCAUGUCACAGGAGCUGUACCACAUAACUUUAGAUGUAUCACACUUUUAUUCAUAUCUUAACCUGCAUACAUGGCGAAUACACAAGAAUUCAAAGUCCUGAUUUGUUGAAAGAAAUUGAAAGUUUUAAUAGAUGUUUCUUCAACAUAGUUUAAUUUUGAGUCUGAAUAGGAAAAGAGGCUUUUUAUCACUUCUUGUGUAUGUUUGUCAUCUCUGCGUGAAGUUAAAUAAAGGUGGAGAAAUUGACCCAAAGAUGUGCUACGACAGCUUUGCUUCAAAACAUUAACCAUUUUGUACUUCUUUUCGGUUUACGUAUAACAUGAAAUGCAAAUGCACUCAGUUAUUGUCUGGAAGUAAAACUAUGCAACUUUUAUCUUAAAUUGCCUGCUUUCUGCCAUUUUGUGAACACCACAAAUAGUUAAAGAGUUUGAGGCAACUGCAUUUUCCAUUACAAUGUUUAAAACAAUGUAUUAUGAACAUGGCAAUUCACAAUAAACAGAUUAUUUCUAUAAA